AUGUUCCUACCUAUCACCAGUGGAUGGAAGAUCCGUAACAAGGCAAUCCAAGCAGCCACAGCCUCGGAACCUCUCACCCUCGAGGAAGAAUACGAGAACCAGCAAUCAUGGCGGUCCUCCCAUGAUAAGCUAACUUUUAUUAUCUGCCAACCUGUUACUUCCGUCGUCACUUCCACUUCCACUUCCACCGCUCCAGUCACUCCCGUCACAACUUCUGAAGAUUCAGCACCACCUGCUUCAGUACAAGCCGUAAAAGCAGGCAAAGUCGACUCCCCCUCGCAAAUGAUCGGCGACGUCAACUUGUUUCUGUACCCAAACGACGAUGAAGAAGAUGACGACGAGAAUGACUGCUUCCAAUGCAUAGCCGAAGUAGACAUCAUGAUAGCCUCCCCAUCGCACCGCGGCAAAGGACUGGGAAAGGCGGUGGUGUCGGCGUUUUUGCAGUAUAUCGCGAGGAACCUGGAGGGGGUUUUGAGGGAGUAUUAUGUUGGUGAGAUGCAGCAGGAGGAGCAGCAGCAGCAGGCCGGUACUUCCACUAAAAAGCCCAGACUGAGGAUGCUCAUGGCCAAGAUCAACAAGGAUAAUAGCCAGAGCAUUGCGCUUUUCAAGAGUCUGGGGUUUGAGCAGGAAGGGGAGGUCAACUACUUUGGGGAGGUCAAGAUGAUUUGGAGGGAUUUGGGGGGGGGUUGCGGGGAUAAAUGUGCCGGAGGGGUAUAG